GCUGCAGAUUUCAAAGGAAAAACAACCAUUCACAAUAGCUUUGUCGUAUCAAAUGACCUUUGGCGAUGUUCUAAGAUCUAUUGUCGGUGAUCAAUGCAGUUGUGUAUAAUUUCCUUCGAUACGCAAAAGAUUUUACGCAUCACUGACCACCGACAAUGCUAUCGCCGCGCCGACGAGUUACGACAUGAAAACCAGGCUUUACUGAGUUUACUCCGCCCUUGAGGCUUGAUACGAAUCGGGAAAGUCAUUGCGUAAUUUUUGCAAAAUCUGGGUCAAAAUCUCGCUUUAUCUCUCGAUUUUCGCAAAAUAAUGUCGUUCGCAGACGUGACCUGUCUAAUCGGUACCCUCUGCGUGUGGUACUUGUCUUUUAAGCUUUUAAAGCUGGUUUUAGACGUGAUUAGAACAACUCUUCUUGGAGGAAAUCUUGAUUUCAGACGCUAUGGCGAGUGGGCAGUUGUCACAGGAAGUACUGAUGGCAUUGGCAAGGAAUAUGCUAAACAGUUGGCAGCCAAAGGUCUAAACAUUAUUCUGAUGAGUCGCAGCCAAGAGAAACUGGAUGCAGUCGCUUCUGAAAUUGAGAGUGAGCAUAAAGUCAAAACCAAAGUAAUCAAGAUUGAUUUCUCUGGAGGUCAUGAGAUUUAUGAACCAAUUGCUAAAGAACUUGAAGGAUUUGAGAUUGGUGUGUUAGUUAAUAAUGUUGGUUUCGCUCUCCCAUAUCCUGCAUUCUUCCAUGAGGUUUCAGUCGAGAAUAUUUGGAGACAGAUUAAUGUUAAUGUGAUGUCAACAACCAUGUUAACAAAAUUAAUAAUUCCUUCCAUGGUUGUAAGGAAAAAGGGAAUUAUAAUAAAUGUUGCAUCAGUUGCUGCCAUUAUACCCAUUUCUCUUCUCGGUCCAUAUAGUGGGACUAAGGCUUUCAUGGACAAACUUUCUGAAUCUCUUCAAAUUGAAUAUGGAGACAAGGGAAUAAUAGUCCAGAGCGUAUUACCCUGUUUUGUUGCAACAAAGAUGUCUGGUAUCAAGACAUCGGGAUUGUUCACUCCAUUUCCUGACAGCUAUGUUCGCAGUGUUUUGAGAAAAGUUGGAGUCUCUAAACAGUGCCAUGGAUAUUGGCCACACGAUCUACAGGGUUUUAUAGCGAGUCUAGUUCCAGUUUGGUUAAUGCGUUUGGUGGUGAUGAAAGGUCUUCUGGCGCUUCGUGAUGAAGCAUUGGAAAAAAGAAAAGAGAAAAAAGAAUCGUAAAUGCUCAAACAUUUCUAUUCAAAACAAUUCAUUGUUAAGAUUAUGAUACAUUUACUGAUGAUUAUAAAAAUAUUACAUUACCACCGUAUAUUGAUGCUCUAAUGUCCAAAUUUUAAAACCAAUGAAGCAUUGAAGAGGUAGGAAUCCAGGGACCACGGAGCUAGGGAGAGGAGCGUAACGGGGGAAUGUUCAAUCUCGAAACUCUCGAUACCAGAACCGACGCCUUCCCCAGAUGGAUCGUGGGCUCUGGUUUCGAGAUUGGGGAAUGUUGGAUUCUGAAUUCUGACAAAGCCCCCGGAAAUGCAGUGAAACUCAUCCGUUGUGAUUAAAAAUAUUUCUCACGAAUUAACAGAAAAACCCGGAAAAAUAAACGGAAAAUGAGUUAAAUGACAAUUACCCUUCACGACCCCUAGGGCGUAAGCUACUCUUUGGCAUAAAGCUUGUCAAGUGAUUAAAUGUGAAUUAUUCUACCUGACCUCAUAUACGUUUCAAACGAAUGGUGAAAUCGAAAUUCUAUACAAGUAGUUUAUAUUUAAUUGGCCAUAUCAACCUUAGUCUGUGAUUUUUUUCCAUGAAAUUUAUAAUAACUGCCUACAAUUUUAACAGCGAAUGUUUACUUUUUUGUGGUUUGUUAUUAAUUAAAAGUUAAGCGAGUUCUACUAUUUGAUUCUAAUUUAGUAAAACGUUUCAAGAAUGAUAAAUCUUUGUUUGUAUUCUGUGUUUGUAUCGC